AUGGCAGCCAGGCACUCUGGCGCCCGAAUGGAUCGCGAAAAGAAUCGUCCCUACUCUUUCCACUCUCCCGCCUCCUCAACAGGCUCUAAUCAUGGUACGGUCAGCACCGACACUACCAGAGAUACCACUUUCGAUCCUCGUCGCGACGAUGCCGAAAUGUCAACAUUGCCCAUAGUCAGCGCAGGUCUCGCAAAAAAGCUACCAGCACUUCGUGAAACGGCAAGCAAAUACGAUCGCUUUAAACGAGUAUCUCCGCAGCACACUUGGGAUAUCAAUACAUCACAAAUAGGCAAAGCUUUUCCUGAGUUUUCAGACGCGGAGAACAGCCAGAGUCUAUCUCUCGAGACUUCGCGAGCAGCACCGGCAGUAAAAUCCUUCUCCCAACUAAACAAUCGCAAGUCCUCAAACGUCCACGUCGUAGAGACGGUUGAGCUACGGAAACAAACGCGUUCGCCCAAACACUCUUCGCCAUAUAUUUCCAAUGCCAGCAGACUCGCAAAUCUGCAAGCACAGGUCACAGAGGAUUCCGAGAAUUCGUUCAUGAACCUUUCUGCGAGAAGGCCUGCGAGUGCUGUCUAUCCAGAAAAACAGGCCUUACCAGUCACGCAAACCACUGAGACUUCUGAUAUUUCAUUCGUGGGCGCUACUGCAAAACAGUCCUCAAAUGCCGCCUUUCCCGCCAAAUUCAACCUGCCCGGCUUAACUAAUCGACCCGUUCCUGCUGCUUCUAAUGUUUCGUCAAAGAGGCAUCGUUUUGAUCAACACCCUACUCCUGCUGUGGUUUCCAAGACCAAAUUCAAUGAGCAAUCAUCUCCAUGCCCCACGAGCGAAAAGAGCCAGUCGAGAACACGAGCAUUUUUCAACAACUUUGAUACACAAACUACACAAACCACGAACACUGGUGCUGCUGCAACCUCUGCUGCAGCUACAGCCACGACAAAUCCAACCAGUCAAUCAUUUUUCUUUCCUGGUACCCCUGGUCAUAAUGCCAGCGCAUCUGGAAACACCCUCACCAACGGGUUGCCCAACUUUACUCAAAAUGGCAAAGCUCACGAUCGCAAUAUGCUAAAGGCUUCCUUACAUAACGCAAAUUAUGGCCCCGUUGACUCCAUUGUUGUACCGGACGAUGAAGAAGAUAUCUACCAACUCAUUGAUGCCCUGAAAAAGAGAAUAUUCCGCUCAGAAUCUCAAAAAGAGAGCUUUGAGAGUCGAAUCACAACCCAACAACAUCAAAUUGAACGUCAACAAAGUGAAAUAUCGCAGCUGAAGGCAGCGAAUGGUCUCUUGCAGAAGACGCACACUGAGCUGGAACAACGCGCUGUCUCUCUCCAAGGGCUCAAUGUGGAUCUUGAACGAGAGUUGACAAUGACGAUGAAACACGUGGCUUCCCUCGAGAAAGAGAACAAGUAUAUGGCUCAAAUUGAGCAGCAAUACCAACAAGCGACACAAGAGAAAAAGAUCCUAAGCCGCCAGCACAGCGACAUUGUGAUGAAGGAAGGUCAAUACAUUGCUGAAAUUGAACAGUACCAUCAACAAUCAACUAUCUUGCGUCGGCAGAACAGCGACCUUGUGCAGAAAUUCAAUAGGAUCAAGGAGGAAAACGAGGAGCUUCGCCAAACCGCACAGGGAAUCAAGAAACAACCUACAGCUUCAGCCGAGAAACCCACAAAUAUCGGUGAAGAUGCAUGUAACAACUUUGAUGUAUCACCAAAUGUAAAGCAAUACCAUCCGAGUGCUCUGAAGGCCCAACUGGACGCAGCAGCCGCGCAAAAGGACGCCACACACCAUACCAAUAUUUCUGUCACUCGACACACGAACGUCUCUCACCAUUCCAAUGUUUCGCGCAAUAUAACUCGCCAUACUACGCAAAUGUCUGGAAUUUCGGUUGGCGACUUUACACAGCCUACAAUGGGCACGAGGACGGAUGUUGAUGCACCAGCUGUGACUAGAAGAGUGGAUGCAGAUAUGACGGAAGAUGUUGACGUUGAGGGAGACGACAUCGAGAUCACAGGCUCUGCAUUUAUUCUUCCCGACAUCAAGAACAGCUAUACCGAAGAAGCAACUGCCCGACCUUCAGAACUUCCUGCAGACGCUUUAAGGAGACUCAAGAAGAAUGCACAAUCAACUCUAGAUUCCUUGGUAGAGGAACACAAUGCUCUGUUCACGUCUUAUUCUAAUCUCAAUCCUUCGAUGCAACGAAGAAAUCACCGGCGCCAUGAGGAGGGACUAAAGAGGCUUACGGAUCGCAUCCAGAAGGUCAAGGAAGAGCUCUACGCUUUGGAAGAUGUCAAACACGGAGUCAAAUAG